AUGACAGUGGCAGUGACAGAUUCCAUCAAGCUGAAAAACUUCACCUCUAAAAAUAUUUCUCCAAUUGAAGACUCAAAAGUUAAAAAGAAUACACUCAGGGAAUUAAUUCAAAAUAGUGAAUUCAAGGCUGAAGAGACAGCAGAGAAGGUCAGGGCCCCAAGUUUUGGGGGUCUGGUCAAAGGCACAGCAGCAAUUUGGGAGUAUCUGGAAGUCCGAAGGGACCAUCAGCUGCUGAUGCAGUUGCCCCACAGGUACCUGGAAAACCAGAGUGCUGAAGCCACAUUCAUUCUCUUGGGCUUUUCAGAAUACCCAAAACUCCAGGUGCCUCUGUUCCUACUGUUCUUCACCAUCUAUACAGUCAGUGUGGUAGGAAAUCUAGGCAUGAUCUUGGUUAUCAAGAUCAAUCCCAAACUCCACACCCCCAUGUACUAUUUCCUCAGACAUUUGUCCUUUAUUGAUUUUUGUCACUCUACAGUUGUUAUACCCAAGCUUUUAGAAAACUUAGUUGUGGAAGAUAGAUCCAUCACUUUCCCAGAAUGCAUUGCUCAAUUCAUCUUUAUAUGUAUAUUUGUGGUGACAGAAUUCUACUUGUUGGCUGUGAUGGCCUAUGACCGGUUUGUGGCUGUUUGUAAUCCUUUGCAAUACACAACUGUGAUGUCCCAGAAGCUUUGCGCCAUGUUGGUGGGUGCAUCAUACUUUUGUGGUGUGUUUUGUUGCAUCACCCUGUGCAGCUUCCUAAUGAGAUUAUCUUUCAGAGGAAGAAAUAUCAUUAACAACUUUCUUUGUGAAUAUGAUGCCAUUGUCUCUGUGUCUUGUUCUGAUAUCCACGUUAUCCAAAAGAUCACGUUUGCCUUUGCUACCAUCAAUGAAGUAAGCAGCCUGAUGAUCAUUCUAAUCUCCUAUGCUUACAUUUUUAUCACAGUCAUGAAGAUGCCUUCUACUGGAGGGAGGAAGAAAGCUUUCUCCACUUGUACCUCCCAUCUCACUGCUAUUACCAUUUUCCAUGGCGCCAUCUUCUUUCUCUACUGUGUUCCUAACUCCAAAAAUUCAUGGCUGAUGGUCAAGGUGGGCUGUAUCUUUUAUAUAGUGGUUAUCCCAAUGCUCAACCCACUGAUCUACAGUCUUAGAAACAAAGCUGUGAAAGAAACAGUUCGGAAAUUACUCCGUAUCUAA